CUCUACCUCCAAACUCCCCCCUCUCCUCCACCACUGUCUACAGUAUGUACAUUUAGAGUCUGGUCCGAUGCAGAUCACUCUAAACCUCGAUUGGACUGCGCCAGCCACGUAGUCCAUACAGGAACUGUGUUAAGAGAUGGGCAAAAGGCGCGCCGUCAUCAACUCAAUCUGACAAUUGACCCUGUUGCGGGCCUCGAUUUCUUUGUCUCUUUGUUUGUCGCUUAGAGCAAUUGACCUUGUACCACCUUCCCGGCCUCGAUCUGAACCUAGACCUAGACAGUCGCGGCCUACCACACCUACUUCUACCACCUACCUACUUACCUGCCUUACCUAACCUAACCUAACUAACCUAACCUACCUGACCUAACCUACCUUGCCUAACUACCUUACCUACCAGCCGACCUAACUUACCUUCCUAACCUACCUCCCCUACCUCCCCUGGUACCCUGACUCCGCGGCCCGUCGUGUGUACCCCUCCGGCCCUUUGGUAUUCAUUAUCUUCUCUCGACCUCUGUCGUUGUCGGUUCUUGACUUUGUCCUCUUCUUCUUCUUAUUUGUUUUAUUACCCACCCAGGCUGCCUAUUAGUGGUGUUUCUCGGUGUGCCGACAGUGAUUUUCAGAUCGAGCCGGUCGAUUUUUUGUCGCAUGCUCCCUGCGAUAGUCUCCCCCAAAGUAUAAGCAGAGCCCACAAUCCGCUUUCUUGCUUGCGGCAACCUGCGCCAUUCACUCUUGAUUUUCCCCACAAUCACGCGCAUAGGCCGCCCUCUCCAUAGUCGGUUUGCCGCCACCCACCCUCUUGGCCGCUCCCCAAGGUAGUCAAGCACUUGAUCGGAACCUUUGCGCACGCCAACCUUACCACCACUGGCAUUGCGGGCGCCUUGCCUUGUACAGCCUGGCAAUUGCGAGAGUUUGAGGCCCGCGAGACGUUACCGGCGGUUGCCAGUACAUACGACCAGCUGUUUGGUACACAGAAAAGAGGAGAAUUGAAGCUUGAAGGGAACUCAAGGAAUGAAACUCGAGGCUCCAUCCUUUUUCAGCUCAUGAAAUUUAGGCCAACGCAAUCAAUACCCGUCGGCCCUUCAUCAAUCACAUGAGCCUGCUUCACAAUUCGAACAGACAGGUCCAUGAAAAUGACAGAGAUGGAUCAGCGACCAGCUACUCAGAAGCUGCCAGCAGGCCUCGCUGGCGUCCUCAAUCGACCCGAGGAAAAACGGGAUUCUGCAUACUAUUCGAGCACGGAUAGUAAACACAAUUCAACAACAUCUUGCCUUGGCGUAGGCAUGUUAACCCCCCGCGACUCGACAGGCGCGCCGCCAUCCGCCCACACAAACAGCAACACUCCAUCGCCGUCCCCCAUCAGUACGUCUACAAACUUGAUGCCACAGCCCCUCGUUUCUCCCUCGACAAGCAACAUGAGUGUUGCAUCCAUGGUCUCGCCUACCACCCCAGUAAGCAUCGACCACCGUAGACAUGAACGCCCACAAUCCCUCGAGUCGGCUCCAAACGGCAACCAUUGGAAUGGCGAGCAUCUCGACCAACCCGUUUCUCGCAGGGAAAGCGUGGACAGCAGAAUCUUGAAUCAAGGCAUAGGGGACAUGAGGCUAGGCAACUCGCCCUACACAAGUCACAACCCGUCUACAACGUCCAUACAGAAUACCCUAUUGCAGCAACGGAAUCCUCGCCCCGCGCACCUUGAUAGCUUAUCGAUUCACAGAAUCUCCAACGGAUAUCAACCGAGCAACGACAGGACACCAGACCUCCACCCCAAAAUCGCUCGUACGGCCCCAGCGAUUACUGGACCGGCGACGGGCAACAUAGCACGGGCCGCCGAGCCAACCAAAGGACAAGCAUGGGCGUUUCCAGAGGAAGAGAUUCAAAGAUUGCCUUCUGCCAGUCAAAGCUUGGUUGAUUCGCGCAGAAGCAGCGUUGCAGAGUCACUGGCGAGUAGCCAAUUUACUACAGAGUCACGACUGCCGCCUGGCCAACGCCACCUGGAUGACGGCCUCCACCAAUCGGAGCGCUUUUCCAAUGAGUAUCCAGUCGUCCACCACCAUACACUACAGCACAAGCAGAUUGGUGAGCUCCAAGGCGAUGCAGCCGGUCUAGCUCCAGGCUCGCAGCCGUACAGCCGGACACCAGAACUGCGACGGAGCCACAAGCUUGCGGAACGCAAGCGGCGAACCGAGAUGAAGGAGCUAUUUGAGGAGCUCCGUGAUCUCAUGCCACAGGAACGUGGUUCUAAAGCAUCAAAAUGGGAGAUAUUGACAAAAGCCAUUGCCGAACACAAGAGACAGGCAGACACGCUUCGCAGCCUGCAUCAGACCAAUGGUAGCCUCCACCAGGAGCUCGAAGCCAUGAGGCGGGACGUGAUGGCACUUCGUGGCGAAAACACACAAUUAAGAAAUGAGCUCGCGACUGCGUCAAAUUCACACCAUGGUGUUGGUGGUCUGCCAAAUCUAUCGUCGCAGAACGGAGGCGACGGGUAUGGCCGCGCGACUUCUCUCAGGCAAGAACUCCCGCCUUUGAGGUCUCUGAACAAUGGAAUGCCUGGACCGCCCGACACAAUGACCGGGGUUCAAUAUGAGCAGCCGAGAGCCAAUGGAUAUCGUUAGCUUGUGAGCAAAAGCCACGCGCGGCCGUUUGGUCGCCCGGCCAGGUUCGAAAGACUGUACGAUCGGAGAGCCCUCCGGAGCCCGAUUCCAUCAAGGACUUCCGAGGAACGGCAAGCAAAUGCCUCAGACAUUUCGAUCGAUCACAGCCAGAGGCAUUAAUCUCGAGGGACGCCUGUUCUUUAACCUGUUUCCGCAUCACGAUGUCGACCCAAGGCAGAAUUACUCGUGGCGAGUAACGGCCAAACGGAUCAACUAUCGAAUGCCAACGCCCACGGCUGGCUGUGCCAAUCUUCUCUUUUGUUAAUACGAAAAUAAUUCAUCUUCUAACCUUGUUUCUGGCAUUACAUUUGCAACUGAGCUAUGUGGGCUUAAUGACCGGGUUCCUGGACUGGUAAGCUUUGACAUAUCAAGCCAGGAUACGAACACCAUAUCUGACAUGAGCCGAUCUUGUUCUGGCUUUCUUCUUCCUGACUCUUGUUUUAUUCUCUUCCUUGCUCUUCUUUUCCUUCUCUUUUUGAGUGUAUAUACCCCUUAUUUGCACCCCACAAAGGGUUGCUUGCUAUGGUUCUUGCUGUAGUGAUUUUGGAAUCAAAAGCAGGAGAACGUUGUAACUUUGGCCGACGCUUGUCAUGGAGAUGUAGCGGCUAUGAACUUGGUUCAUUUGUACAAACAAUGGAUUGGAAGACGGGGUUUUUUCUUCUUUUUUUCACCCUGUCGCAACAGGUUGUGCAGACGCGUAGCAUUGAGCAACAUUGAUUCUUGCAGCCGAGAAGAUGAUGGACCAAGUUAUAUGUAUUCAUGUGAUGUCUGUUAUCACUCAACCAGUGAAGCAGGUCAAGUGUUAUUUGUCUAUUUGUUAUGCCAAAGAAAGUUUCUCA